CUGGCCCAGGAUUCCUCAACCUGGAAGGCGGCUCCAAGGCCUCGAGAGAAGUGGGCUUCGGGUACGAACCUGGCAGCUCAGGAGUGGGUGCUCCACUUACCCCACACAAGAAGAUGAAAAAGCGCAAAGAGCUCAAUGCACUGAUCGGCUUGGCUGGGGACAGCCGGAGAAAGAAGCCCAAGAAAGGCUCAGGCCACCGCCUGCUUCGCACUGAGCCUCCUGACUCAGACUCUGAGUCCAGCUCAGAGGAGGAAGAGGAAUUUGGUGUAGCUGGAAAUCGCUCUCGCUUUGUCAAGGGAGACUAUUUACGAUGCUGCAAGAUCUGUUAUCCCCUCUGUGCUUUUGUCAUCCUUGCCGCCUGUGUCGUGGCCUGCGUUGGCUUGGUGUGGAUGCAAGUUGCUCUGAAGGAGGAUCUGGAUGCCCUCAAGGAAAAAUUUAGAACAAUGGAAUCUAAUCAGAAAAGCUCAUUCCAAGAAAUUCCCAAACUUAACGAAGAACUACUCAGCAAACAGAAACAACUUGAGAAGAUUGAAUCUGGAGAGCUGGGAUUGAACAAAGUCUGGAUAAACAUCACAGAAAUGAAUAAGCAGAUUUCUCUGCUGACUUCUGCAGUAAACCACCUCAAAGCCAAUGUCAAGUCAGCUGCAGAAUUAAUUAGCCUGCCUGCCACUGUAGAGGGACUUCAGAAGAGUGUAGCUUCCAUUGGCAAUACUUUAAACAGCGUCCAUCUUGCUGUGGAGGCAAUACAGAAGACUGUGGACGAACACAAGAAAACCAUGGAGUCACUGCAGAGUGAUAUGAAUCAGCACGCCUUAAAGGAAACCAGUGGAAGCAACCAGAUCAUUCCAUCACCGUCAGCUACAUCUGAACUUGACAGUAAAACCCACAGUGAGAACUUGAAACAGGAUAUCCUGUACCUCCACAACUUUUUAGAGGAGGUAAACAGUGCCCUAGUGGGGUACCAGAGAGAGAAUGAUCUUAAACUCAAGGGAAUGAAUGAGACAGUCAGUAAUCUUACCCAGAGAGUCAACUUGAUAGAAAGAGAUCUGGUUGCUAUGAGCGAGGUAGAAAAGCGAGCGAACCUGUCCUUCAGCAUGAUGAAUGAUAGAGCUGCCACUCUGAAGAGAGAGUCUUUGCAUCAAGUGACCAACAGAACAGAGUCAGUAAAAUCCCAGAGCGUAAAGAAAGAAGAUAGUGCAGAUUCUCAGGUAUCCAAGCUCAGAGAGAAACUGCAGCUGAUCAGUGCUCUCACAAACAAACCUGAGAGCAGCAGGCCUCCAGAGACUGCCGAUGAAGAGCAAGUUCAGAGUUUCACAUCAAAGCCAUCAGCAUUGCCAAAAUUCCCACGGUCUCUUGGAGGCCAGAUUGAGAAAGCUGCCCAGCUAAGGCCUGUCUCCCUACCAGGAAUUUCUAGCAUCAAAGAUCUUCAGGAUUUAUUCCAUAAGACUGGGCAGGAUGUGGAUGGGAAGCUGACCUACCAGGAAAUCUGGGACUCCUUACAUUCUGCUGUGCCAGAACCAGAGCGUUUGAGGGAGUUUGAUUCUGAUGGAGAUGGAAGAUACUCAUUCCUGGAGCUAAGAGUAGCUUUAGGUGUCUAGCCUCAUCAGGCUUAUUUUAAAAAUGGAUGUAUACCCUGGACUACCUAAUAUCUACUCAGCUAACAAAAACAACCCUUCUACCUACCCAUCAAUCCUCCAGUCCUCCAAACUACAGUAGCAGACACAUUGCCACCUUUUAACUUGUUUGAAAAAGCUAUGUAAAAGUUAUUUUUUUAAAAAAGACCAUUUUACUUAUAAUAUGAUAUUCAGAAAUCUAUGAUUUCCUUAAACCAGUAGGAUCUUAAUUUUAAAAUUGCCA